AUGUUGCCUUGGCAUGAGACUAGGAGUUUACCUGUGUUGCCAAUGUCUGUGUCUUUCAACUUAGAUUCUCUCUUUCUCGCUCUCUCUCUCUCUCUCUCUCUCUCUCUCUCUCUCUCUCUCUCUCUCAGCCCACUUAUUCUCGCUCUUUCUUUUUUUCGAUCCCACUUAUUCUCUCAUUCUCUGUCAAUUUCACGUAUUUUCUCCCCCCCUCUCUCUCUCAGUCCCACUCUCUGUCUCUCUAUCUCGCGGUCAAACUUAUUCUUUCUCCCUAUCUCUCUCUCUCUCUCUCUCUCUCUCUCUCUCUCUCUCUCAAUCCCUUUACUCCUUCUCAAUACCAUUAAUUAUCUAUCUAUCUAUCUAUCUAUCUAUCUAUCUCAAUGUCAUUUAUUCUCUCUCCUAUCUCUCUUUCAAUCUCACUUAUUCUUGCUGAUUAUCUCUCUCUCUUUCUCUUUCUCAAUCCCAUUUACUCCUCUCUAUCUGUCUUUCAAUCCCACAAACUUCAUCUCAAUACCAUUCAUUCUCUAUCUCUCUCAAUGCCAUUUAUUCUCUCUCCUAUCUUUCUCUCAAUCUCACUUCUUGCUGAUUAUCUAUCUAUCUAUCUAUCUAUCUAUCUAUCUCUUUCAAUCCCAUUUAUUCCUCUCAAUCUCUCUUUCAAUCCCUUAUUCUCUCCCACCCACCCCUCUCUCUCUCUCUCUCUCUCUCUCUCUCUCUCUCUCUCUCUCUGUAUAUAUAUGCUCCAGGAAAUCCGCCUAUCGUGGUGUCUCUCUCUCUCUCUCUCUCUCUCUCUCUCUCUCUCUUUCUAUCUAUCUAUCUAUCUCACACACACACUUCUCAUUUGGGUGA